GUCGGACAACAAAGGUAGUGUAUAAAGAAACUCGUCGUUCAGACCAGCGUGUCUUCAAACAAAAAACAACUUUCUCGAGAAGCACUUAGACCACGGCUGGUGAUUUCAUUCAGGACACUCAGUGGACAUGUGCCGCGGGGUCAUCUACAGGCUGGUCAGCUUGGUUUGGUUGGUGAAGACUGUAUCAGCUGGUUGUUACUUUCCUUUUGAAGUACAAGGAACAUAUCUUAUCCAAACCCAAGCAUCGGCAGCGUACGGAGGCAGUAUUGUAACUUAUUCAGAAUUAACAAUCGAAGUUGACGCUAUUCCUCCAUGGGGGCGCUGCCAUUUGAAAAGAGGAAACAACGUCAUUGUAAAAGACAGCACCGGUGCCGAAGAUUGUUUGAGGUGUUUUCAUCUAACUUUGAAGACUCCAAAUGUCAUUCAAAUCCACACGGAAGGUCUUGGACGUUGUUACACUAAUGAAGAAGCCGCACGUGCCACGUGUCCAGAUGACAGAGAUGUAUUCGAAAGACGCUUUAAAGAAAUAAUUCUGUACAGAAAACAAGAUCCAGAUAUGGUGUCGAGAAUUCAGGAUAUUUUUUGUCCCAUAAACGGUAUAUAUCGUUUCACCUACACAGCAAACAAUGGAGAAUUUCAGUGUACUCAGUCAUUUUCGGAGCUUAGCAACUGUCCCCAUGGUAACGGUCUAGGCGUCAGCUUCCGACACUGCAAUUUCCCAGACAUGAACGUCCGGUUUCUGUGUUUAGGAGAUUGGGAAGGACCGAAUAAUGACCGUUACCUUGCUCUGAUGGACCUACGAGCAGAGCCGGAAGCAAGACCUAGAUAUCGCUGUGGGUUGUACAGGAAAAAUCCGCAGACAGGUCAAAUUAAAGUCUCUUUGGCAGCAGAUUCAACGUGUACUACUCAGCUACGCAGCUCUUCGGAAGGGUACGAGUCUUUAAUCCUUUCGCCAGUUCCUGAACAGAAACUUCCACCACUAGUUGAUCGAUCACACUGUAGGUUUCCUGACUGGAGCCAGGGGAGGUGGGAGCAUCUCGACGUGGACGGUAGAAAGUUUGUCUUUCGGGACGGCGUGAACUUCCAAACAAUCACCGCUACCUGCAUCCACAGGGAAAACAACACACCUCACGAUCGGUUCCUCGUGUACGCGGUCACACAAUGUGGAGAGGCUUCUUACAAUUGCGUAUGGCUUCAAAGACGCACUAACAACAUUGUUGAACUGAUGAUAGGCUCUAGGCCUAGUUCACACUUCUCAGAGGAUCUGUGUAGAGACCAACAGUUCCCUACUAAAGAAUGGAUCACCGAAGGAAGAACGAAUGUGAAAGAACCGACGACUUGUCCAAUCACAGGAGACUACUUCGGCGUUGUUCCCGACACUACUGGUUUAUGCGCUAAAGUAGCGUCUGAUUGUAAUAAUCCAGACAUCAUGUUCUACUCCGUUAGCAGCUGCGCUAAUAGGUCUCAUGUUUAUGAAGAACGUGUUUACCGCUGUAUCGGAAACUGGGAGGAAAAUGGCGCCCUCUUUACGUUCACUACACGUCAAGACAUAAAAGGUCAUCAGUGCUUCGUAGGAAAAGUAAUGAAGAACGGAGAUGAAGCUUAUAUAAAGGAGGCAGGAGAAACCUGUACUCGAGGGCAGGAUCCCAUCACCGUGGGCAUGAAGAUAACUAAACAAGUAUCUUGUCCACAAGUACCAGUAACAUUUGUGCCCGUCAGGCCACCAUGGAGAUCAGAGCUGACACCUCCUACACAAGACAUUGGGCCCUCUGGCGGUGAUUCGUAUUGGUAUCAGCGCGACAAUGAUCGACCCACCUCUCCACCAAGGAAGACUGAUACAGGACAACCGAGCAAGGAUCCCGCUGGUAAUUCUGGCAUGAAAACUAUAUCAGAUUUUCUACAAGUGACAUACUUGCUUCUCUUGGUGAAAUGUGCAAGAAAAGUAUUAUACGAUUAUUAAGCCUAAAUGUGAUUAUCAACAAACAUCCGCAGUUUUCCCAAACUUUCUUAUUGGUAUAAAACAAGACAAAAGGCCACGGCCUAGUAUCACACACACAAGAAUAAUGUACGAUCGAGACGUUUGGGAAUAAACUGGAAGAAAAGUAUGAGAAAAGAAUUUUGACAGGCAGCUAGCUCCGUGUGAUGAACUUAUAAAAGUGGGACGGACCUGAGCGAACGUGUUCAAAGAAGUGGCAAGUUUUCACUUAAAGAAAAACUAAACAUUUUUUUUUCUACUUCUAACAAUUUAGAGGGAGGUUAAGAAAGUGGACAAUAACGAGAAAAAAUAAAUAUACCGAAUAGCGAAAUGCCUCGAAGGUCAAUUAAUCUAAAAUGUAAACUUAAGUACAGGAUUUUUGAUUGAAAAACUAAAAGGUAUAUCGCCAUUUAUUGAGUGUUUUGAGGGUACUUAAAAUGUAUAAAUGAUUAUCAAGAGAUAAGACUCAUUUAUGAUGAUGGGUUUAAAACAGUUUUAGUAAUACCUCUAUAUCUCUAGCUGUUGGCAUUCUCUUUAGAAAAAAUAAUAAUUAAAUUACAUCACGUAGCAAUAUCGACUGAAGAUGAAUUUUUAAAUGUUUAGCUGAUACUCAAUCAUUCAAAAUCUUCUCGAAUUUUUUAAUAUCAAAAACCCGAUUUUUCCAUAUUGGAUUUAUAUCAUCUACUAGUCUGAUGACAUUUCUACUGAGAUGCUUGCUAUUUAGAUACAUUUCAUUCAUUACACGUUAUUUUUUUU